GCCGUUCUUGAAUAAGAGACUAGAAAGUUGAACCGAAAAGUUGCCGCAGAAGCCGCCGUGGCUGGCUCUGCAUAACGAUAUUGUUAUUGGUGACAAGCCAAGCAUUAAAUAUGAUGUUAAUUUCCUAAAAAUAUUAGUAAAAAAUGUUCAAAUCCAUAGUGUUAAGAUGAAAAAAUUGCUAUUUUUAUUCCUGACCUUGUUUACUGCAGGAAUUUGUCAAGACGAUGACGGACCAUACAAAGGAAAAUUGAUUGGAAAACUAAAUUCCUAUCAUCAUCAGGUUUCAGGAGACGUAUAUGCUGUAGAUAAAUACACUUUGCUUCUAACAUCUUUCAGUUAUGACGGAAAUGGAGCCGACACAUUUUUCUGGGCAGGAGCGGCUAACCGACCUGGACCCCAAGGAUUUAUUGUACCAGACGAACAUGGAAAAACAAACGUCCUCGAACGGUACUUCAACAAGGACUUCACGCUAGUCCUGCCGGAAAAUAAGAAAAUCACCGACAUCAAGUGGCUGGCGAUCUACGACAUCUGGUCCCAGAACACCUUCGGCGACAUCUACAUUCCGGAAGAGUUCGAACCGCCCACGACCCAAAAGAUUUCCCAGUUGACCGGAAGGACGAACUCGAUCAGUACGAUAACGGUGGAAAUUUUGGACGCCAAGCAAAUUAAACUGGUCGGAUUUACCUACGAUGGGAAGGCGUCGGGCGCUUACUUUUGGGUGGGCGUCGGGGCCCAACCUGUGGCCAAAGGAAAUAAAGUCCCGGACGAACACGGAUACUUAGAUCCUCUUAAAGCAUACAAAAACAAAACUAUUACCUUAGAGCUACCCGGAGAUCUCACAAUUUUCAAUAUAGACUGGUUCAGUAUAUUCGACAAAGACACUAACACAAACUUGGGUUCAAUUAUUAUUCCAGAAGCACUAAACGUUCCUCCUUCUUUGAUAAAAGUUAUCCCGCAGAAAGAUGAUCUUCCCAACUGUCUCCAACUGCACAAAGAUUUUCAAGUAUCCUGGGAAAUAUUUGGACCCCAAAUUACCAUCCAGCUUUCGGGAAUGGUGGACGAGGACGAGUACAUGGCGUUCGGAAUAUCGGGAUCCCCAGAGCAGAGUCAGAUGUUAGGGGCUGACAUUGCCGUUGCCUAUAUCAAUGGAUAUCAAGGAUACGCGACGGAUUAUAAUAUUACAGCAUUAACACCGUGUGUAAAAGUAUUGGGUCAAUAUAAAGGCGUAUGUAAAGACGAAAUGGUUGGCGGACAAGAUAGCAAUCAAAUGAACACAGCUGUCAGAGAAAAUGGAGUAAAUACCAUAACGUUCAGAAGAUUUUUAAUAUCACCCGAUAAUGGAGAUAAAGAUAUCCCUGUCAACGGAACCAUUUAUGUCGUUUGGGCGAUGGGCAAAUUGGACGAAAAUAAAGAACCGGCAUUCCACGAUGUCUACCCGAAAACCAAUAUAACCAUCGAAGUCAAUCCUAAAGAACCGCAAAAUAAUUGCUAUUCCUUUACGAGGUCCGAACCACAAGUGGGAGAACCCUGGAGUAAAGGGCAGAUUUUUGACAAAACCGUACGGGUGUUUAGAAGUACCAUCGGCCCAUCUGGAGCUAAAAAGGGAUAUCAAACUAUAACGAAACAUACCUCAACAGCCCUCGCUUGGUACAUAAAUGGUCUACUGGCACCAGAAUUAUGGUUAAGAAGAGGCUUGACUUAUGUUUUUAAAGUGUAUGGUGGUAAUAACCCGCACAGCCCUGAAUAUUAUCAUCCAAUGAUCAUUACCGACGAUCCGCAUGGCGGAUUUGAUAGAUUAACCGACGAAGCUCAGUCGAAAAUCAGAGUUUUAACUGGUGUUGAGUAUUCGAGAAGAGGAAGACCACGACCGACCGCAGCUGGACCUCUCUGCCUGUCCAAACAUCGAGAUGAUCACGAUCGAAGACUGGACGACGAUUUUGAAUCGUUUAAAAAAUUCAAUCGUUCCCUGAUCUGGACUUGCGAGUCUGGAGAACCAGGCAUACUGGAAUUUACGCCAAAUAACACUUGGCCGGAUAUAGUCUACUACAACUCGUUCACUCAAGCUAACAUGGGAUGGAAGAUUCACAUCAUAGAUAGUUUCAAUCAACGGACCAGCGGAUCUUCCAAAUCAAGACUCGACUUCUUUUCAUUCUUCAUCCUCUUAUUAUUGUUUGUUAAACAAUUAUUUUAAUUGUUUAUUUAAACAACCAGAUGACUGCCAUAGUUUUAAGUAAAUUAUAUUGAAGCCCUACAAGUGUUAUACAUUUUUGAAUAUUUAUGAAUUAGUUAAAAUGUUUGUAGUUUAGUAUGCAGGUCUUGAUUAUAUGUCAUAAUCAAUACACCUGAAAAAAAACUGCUUCUUUGGUAUGCCGAUAAUAAACUAUUCAAUCUGA